UAAUGUUGCCGCGAAAUUUGAGGAUCGAUCGCGUAGCGGUAGAUUAAAAUUAUUAUUUAUAAUACGUUUUUACAUCAAAUGCGUCGUAAAUAUCUUACGAAAUUUAUUAAACAAUUAGGUACAAAUGUAAUAUAAUAGCAAGUAAGAGGGAUAUUCAAGACUGUCUCGUUAUAAAAUAGAUUUUUUAGUAAAGAUUAUUAAUUACUUUAAAGUGCGGAUUUUUUCGUAAAAUUCGUACGGAUUUUCCGGUCAAUCCAAUAAUUAAAGGGCAUAGUUUCUAAUCUUAUGAUAUAAACUUCAAUGAUAAUAACGCCCGAAAAUGAGGUGCGCGAGCACUUAACCUGAAAUUUGGACUCAUUUGAGUUUGUCGAGCCCGGUUCGUUUUGCUUAAGGCGUUGUACAUGAAAAGAUUUUAAGUUAACUGUAACGUCGUAAACGAACUGACCAAUCGUAGUCAAACAUAUUUACUUACGCUUGACUGUAAUUGGUCGAUUUGCUUAUUACGAGUAAAAGGUUUUUACGUGGAAUGAGCUUUAGCAUGGAUCCGUCGGUAUUAUAAACGAGAGGACACAUAAACCCAACGGAGUAAAAUACUCGUAAAAUAUUCCUUCAAUCCUUCUUAUUGCAAAGAUUUAACGGUGUAGAUAUCUUCAUUGACAAAAUCAUGAAUACAACUUCAAAGCCUUCAGUCGCACCGUCUGUGCAGGAAUUUAGUAUUAGAGUUCCAAAAAACAGCAAGAAGAAGCACAACGUCAUGAGAUUUAACGCAACGUUAAAUGUAGAUUUCACAAAGUGGUCGCAAGUGAAAAUGGAGCGAGAAAACAACAUGAAGGAGUACAAAGGUCUGGAAGAGGAGAUGCCAAAAUUUGGCGCAGGAUCCGAGUUUGGGCGAGACGCCAGAGAGGAGGCGAGAAGAAAGAAAUAUGGCAUUACUAGUAGGAAGUACAAGCCUGAGGAUCAACCGUGGAUCUUGAAGUCGGGAGGAAAGACUGGAAAGAAAUUCAAGGGCAUACGAGAGGGAGGAAUAAGUGAAAACGCAGCGUAUUACGUAUUUACUCAUGCUGCCGAUGGUGCUAUAGAGGCUUUCCCCUUGCACGAAUGGUAUAAUUUCCAGCCAAUUCAGAGGUACAAAGCCCUCAGUGCUGAAGAGGCAGAGCAGGAGUUUAGCCGUAGGAACAGAGUGAUGAAUUAUUUCUCAUUGAUGUUACGCAAGAGAUUAAGGAACGAUGAAGAUGGUGCGGAUGACGAGGAUUUAGUGGAAGGUGGUAAAAGCAAGAGGCCAGGUAAGAAAGAAAAGGAACUAAAAAUAUCAGAGAUGGACGAGUGGAUGGAUAGCGAUGAUGAUGAAUCGGACAGCGAUGAGGAAGAAAAGAAAGGAGGAUCUGAAGAUGAAGAUGACAAAAAAGAAAAGAAAAAGAAAAGCAAAGUUCAGUUGCAAAAAAAGAAAAAGAAGAAAAAUGCCUCAGACGACGAGGCGUUUGAAGAGAGCGAUGACGGUGACGAGGAGGGCAGAGAGUGCGAUUAUAUUUCUGAUUCCUCCGACUCGGAGAUGGAAGCGGAAGAACAGCAAAAGGAAAUCAAGUCUGUCGCAGAGGAGGAUGCGCUGAGAAAACUACUCGCGUCUGACGAAGAAGAAGACGACGAGGAAGAAACAGAUAAGAAGGAGGGCGAGGAAGACAAAGACGAAGACGACGAGGGAAAAGAGAAGGAUGAUAAGGAUAAAGACAAACUCGGUAAAGAAGCGGAUAAGAGGAAAGAGAAGAAGAAGAAGAAGAAAGCUAAAAAGAAGGAUCAAAAGAAGUCGGCAUCGGGGAAAGAUUCCUCCAGCGAUUUCUCCAGCGAUUCAGAGUCGGAUUCGGACACGACGCUGAGAGAGAAGGAUAACAAGAAGUCUAAUAGCGCGCACAGUUCGAGAUCCGCGACGCCGACACCGGCAGCGGGGGUUUCGGACUCCCUCAAAAAGAAGCGGUCCGGAUCCCCGGAUUUGUCGCAAGCGAAGAAACUAAAGCUGGAUAACUUCAAUUUGGUUCCGGUAACGUCGUACAUACCGGGAGCAAGCGAAUCGGGAAUCACGGAGGAUGCGGUGAGGCGUUAUCUGAUGCGCAAGCCUAUGACAACAACAGAGCUGUUGCAAAAGUUCAAAUCUAAAAAAACCGGCCUCACGUCCGAGCAGCUCGUCAAUAUUAUGACUCAGAUACUGAAGAAGAUAAACCCAACUAAACAGACUAUAAAAAACAAAAUGUACCUAUCAAUCAAAGCACAGUCCAAUUAAUCGUACAUCGUUCGAACGGCAUCAGAACGAAUACGGUUGUUCUCAAUCAAGCGACUGCGUCCAAAAUUCUUAGCGUUAUUGAUCUUCAUGACUGUACUCCUUUAUACAACUGUAAAUACACUGUAAGUAUACAACGGAGAUAUCCACGUAUUAAAAUGUUGUGAGA